AAACCACCGAUCUCACCCCCAUCUCCCGCCGCGCUUUACUAUUACAUCCCCGGGCGCCAACCCACCCGAUCGACCGAGAGAUCACGCGGCAACCAGCCAACCCCGGAGACCCACGGAAACAACUCGUCUGCAAUGUGCAGAGGAACGGUGGACGACCUCCGCCCGCUCGGAGCCCGGCGGCGGCUCGAGGUACGGGCGUUCUACCUCCGCCUCUCCUCGUCAUCCACGUCCACGUCGGCGCCGCCCGCGGAGCUCACGCUCGUGUACCGCCCGGCCAUCGGCGGCGCGGCGCUGGAGCUGGGCGGCCGCGCGCUCCCGCCGGCCUGCCCCGCCGAGGUCACCCUCCUGCGCGUGCGCGGCAACGACGACGCGCCGGCGUACGGGAGCGCGGACCGCGUCUCUGCCGCCGAGGGCGCGCGGUUCGAGGUGUACGCCGGGAAGGAGGGGCUCGCGGCGGAGGGCGCCUUCGCGCGGCGCAACGGCGGGUGGCGCGUCGAGUGCCGCCGCCCGGUCGCGUCGCACGCGCGCGUCGUGGAGGUGCUGGUCCUUGCGGAGGGCGGCGUGGUCGUAAGAGCCAGGGCCAGGGCGUCGGCGGCGAGGAGGAUGGGAUGCGCCACGCGGCUCGAGGGGAUACCGGAGGAAGAGGACGCGCCGUGCGAGUGCGGGGCGUGCGGAGACGAGUGGGAGAUGGUCGGCCACGUCGGCGACGAGUUCAAGGAGCACGAGGAGGAGGUUGAGGCGGAAACGAUGCGGUGGGCGCUGGAGAUGGGUGCCUGGGCGGUGUGCGUCGGGGUCGGGCUGCUCGCCACCGCCCGCCGGUUCAGCCGGAGGCGACCCGCGCUCCGGUGAUCCCGCCAAGAGUCAAGUGCCGGCACAUGUUCGCGUGAUCUUGAUGAGGCUGCGGUUGCGUCGCUCCGGCAGAGAUUGGGUGACACGAUGCUGUUUGAGGAGCGUGCGGUGGACAAAAACGUGAUCAAGGAGGGCAAGAGCCGGGACUUCGUGCCGGUGGGGCAUGGGGUGGCGUCGUUGGUGAUAGUGGUGUAGCAGCAUGAUGUGAACGCCGACGAGGUGCCGCUGUCCAUUGUCCAGAUCGACGGGCAUGCCCACGAGGGCGAGAACGGCAAAGACGACAUGGCGAAGCCAGAGUAACCCAUCAGAGCUGCUCUGUUCCGGAUCAAAUGUCAUUUAUUGCUACUUACUACUAGGAUGAUGACGAUGAGUUGUGUGCUUCUUAGUGAGUAUGUUGUCUGCCUAACAUAUAACUAAAUGGUCAACAUGCAAUUUUUUCACCGAAUUAAGCAAUUGUAUUGUGA